UAAAACACAUAACGUUGUAUCAACAAAAAUCAAACAAGAAAUCGACGAGCUUAUAUUUUUGCAAAAAAAAUAUUUUGAGGGCGGAGCGGAUGGCACUACUUUUGGCAGAGCAACCUCUUCCGGUUCUCUUUCCAGCUUCCCGUGCAACAUGACCAAGAAAAGAAGGAAUAACGGUCGUGCCAAGAAGGGCCGCGGCCACGUGCAGCCCAUCCGCUGCACCAACUGUGCCCGCUGUGUCCCCAAAGACAAGGCUAUCAAGAAGUUUGUCAUCAGGAACAUCGUGGAGGCGGCGGCCGUGAGAGACAUCUCCGAGGCCAGUGUCUUCGACUCUUAUGUCCUGCCCAAACUCUAUGUGAAGCUGCACUACUGUGUCAGCUGUGCCAUCCACAGUAAAGUGGUGAGGAACCGCUCUUGUGAGGCCAGGAAAGACCGCACCCCACCACCCAGAUUCAGGCCCGCUGCUGGUGCACCAAGAGCUCCUCCUAAGCCCAUGUAAAGCAGAAUUUGAAGAUGGUGUACACCUGAGGAAUAAAUUCAAAAGUCUUUACAAAAA